CCAUCAUUAAGACCCUUCUAAGAGAAUCUCUAACCCUAAAAGAUCCCCUCUGAUUGCGACUUCCAAGUGCCCAGGGCCUCCACCCCCUUCAUGAGGGGAAGUUUUCUCCUAAUAUGUCCUAGUCAGAUCACCCUCCCAGAGGUACCAGAGAGCCCUCAUCCUAGUGUAUCUGGCCCUGCUCACCAACUGGGAGCACCCUAAAUUCCAAAUAGGUGCUCCAUUCAGACCCUAAGCACUCCCUGAGGCUCCAACCUCCCCCUGAUCUUUGUCCAGACUUUGAUUCUAGGACUCUGCUUGGACCAGCCUGUCCUAAAACAAGCACCCUGUAACCCCUGCUUGAAGAGGAUUUCCCUUCAGACCUGAGAUUUCAGAAAGCUCCUGCUACAUGACCAUUCUAGGAAAACACCAGUAUCAGGCAGUACCCCAUUCUGCUGAAUGCAGACCCCCAUUGCAUCCCCAAGGAAAACCAACCAUUUCUCCAUCCUAAGUUCCCCACUCAAACUUCUUGCCCUCAUCCCUGAAAACCCUAAGUAGCUCUCAAGUCACCUUCAGGUUAAAAAAGAAAAGUAUAGAACUCAGGUUUUUCACAGCCUCCAGAGACUUGGAAGGUUUUAGAACCCAUAAAUGGACCUCUACUACAGCAGGAACCCAACCCUCCAGAAUGCUCCAAACUAUUCUAACCCUUGAGCAUCUCCUAAUAUACUUUGGGGUUCAAAUCGUCUCACACACACCCCAAACCUCAUCCUCUCUACGCCUUGCACCCUUCCCUGCCCCAGCCCUCAGCAAGCACUCUAGAGAGGAAGCCACCUUCAGCCUCAAGAGCCAAGUUCAGAAAAUCCAGCCCAGCCCCGGAAACCUCCACCCAGUUCCCACGGGGAGCCUCCCCACAGCAGGGCAACACUAGGAAAGCAAGAGCCCACUUGCUGUUGUAGAGUUUCCUGGGUGAUACACAUUCACAGACAAGGAGCCUCCAGCAGUGCAGUUCAGAAGCCUGCAGUGGGAAGAAAGCCCAAAUUUGAGCCCCUGGCACGCAGGGCCAAACCUGAAGAUGGCCAGAGGCCUGGUUGGAGUCCUACUUUGUGUCUGACUAUGACCCCACCAUUGAGGAUUCCUACACAAAGAUCUGCACGGUGGACGGCAUCCCUGCACGGCUGGACAUCCUGGACACUGCGGGGCAAGAGGAAUUCGGCGCCAUGCGGGAGCAGUACAUGCGUGCUGGCAAUGGCUUCUUGCUGGUGUUUGCCAUUAACGACAGGCAGAGUUUCAUUGAAGUAAGCAAGCUCUUCACUCAGAUCCUCAGGGUCAAGGACCGCGAUGACUUCCCCAUUGUGCUGGUUGGGAACAAGGCAGAUCUGGAGACACAGCGCCAGGUCCUUCGAUCAGAGGCCUCCUCCUUUAGUGCUUCCCACCAUAUGACUUACUUUGAGGCCUCAGCCAAACUGCGUCUAAAUGUCGAUGAGGCAUUUGAGCAGCUGGUGCGGACUGUCCGGAAAUACCAGGAGCAAGAACUCCCUCCUAGCCCACCCAGUGCCCCUAGGAAGAAGGAUGGGAGGUGCCCCUGUGUCCUGCUGUAGCCUCAAGUGACCAGCACAAGCUCUCGGGACCAGCUGCCUCACACUUGCUGUGUGGCCCAAGGCUCUCUCUGACUGAGCCUCUGUUUCAACCUCUGGGUUCCCCAGGACACACUACACCCUCUUACCUUUACUUCUGGCCUCCUGGGGCUACCACCAUGUGCCUUCUGUCAAUACCUCCUCCUUUCCCCCACAAGACCCUGGUAGGGUGAGGGGCAUCUUGUCACUGCUGUAUAUAACUCCCAUCUGUCAGUAUAAUAAAUAUCACUGCCAACAACUGAA